GUUUCUGUCAAUUUGCACGGCACGGAGUUGUGGGUUUGCAUGCCUUGUUUGCAUGUAUGUGUUUCAUAUCUUCAAACUUUACACACCAUGAGGAUCGUUACUUGGAAUAUUAACGGCAUCAGAACCUUCAAAGGGAAGGUUAAACAGACCCUCGACUCCUUGGCAGCCGAUAUCAUUUGUGUGCAAGAGACCAAAGUGACAAGAGACCUGUUAGAUGAGCGCACAGCGAUCGUGGAGGGGUACAGCUCCUACUUCAGCUUCUGUCGAGGGCGCAGCGGAUAUUCAGGGGUGGCGACGUUCUGUAGGGACAGCGCCACUCCAUUCGCUGCUGAGGAAGGACUGACAGGCCUGCUGACCAGUCAAGGCGGAGCUGUGGGUAGCUAUGGCAACAGGGAGGACUUCUCAGACGAGGAGCUUCAGUCAUUGGAUAACGAGGGGCGAGCUGUCAUAACGCAGCACAAAAUCAGGAGCUCAGGGGGUGGAGAGGAGACCCUGGCUGUGAUCAACGUGUACUGUCCUCGCGCAGACCCAGAGAAGCCAGAACGCAAACUCUUCAAACUGCGAUUUUACCAGCUGCUGCAGAUCCGGGCUGAGGCUAUACUUGAGACAGGGAGCCAUGUGAUUGUGCUGGGUGACGUCAACACAUCUCACAGAUCCAUUGACCACUGUGAUCCGGACGACCCUGAACGCUUUGACGAGAAUCCAGGCAGGAAGUGGCUGAAUGAGUUCCUGUUUGGAUCGAGCGAGGGAGAGGAGAAAGCUGACGAGGAAGAGACUGGGGUUGUUCAGGAACCCAAAUCACAGCGUCCCGCGGGGGCUGGUGGCGGCAAAUUUGUGGACACCUUCCGCUACUUCCAUCCGAGCCGGACUCACGCCUUUACGUGCUGGUUGACCUUAACAGGAGCCAGGCAAACUAACUACGGCACGCGGAUCGACUACAUAUUUGCCAACCGGAAGCUGGUAGACAGUGAAUUUUUAGACUCCAAGAUCCUGCCAGAGGUAGAAGGUUCCGAUCACUGCCCGGUGCAAGGAGAGCUACGGUGUAUCUGCCUCGGGGAUCCCAAAUGCCCGCCGUUGUGUACCAAACACAUGCCCGAAUUUGCUGGCCGCCAACAGAAGUUAUCCCGCUUCCUUGUCAAAGUUGAGCACGGGGAGAGGAAGGAGCUACCCAAAGAAGUCACGUCGUUUCUUCCAGGAUCUCAGGAGUCGGGAGAAAUCAGGGAGAACAUCAGACCUGGAAAAGAUCUGAAUUUGGGAAAGAGGGGACAACUGGCAAACUCCUCCACCUCUUCUUCGAAAAGCAAGAAAGGUAAAACCGUGAAUUCCAAAACAGGACAGCGAGGGAGUUUGCUAGCCUUCUUCAAGCCCAAACCGAGCGAAGAGGCCAAAAACAAGGAUCUAGUCAUUUUUGGGAAGACAACAGGCGAUGACACCUGCCAAACGGGACCUCAACAACGUUUCUUCACUCCCUUCAAGUCACAAACUACCUCAGAAUCAUUCCAAGAACCCACGUUGCUGGAGAGGUCCUUCAAACCCCAAUCGAAUUCUACAGCCGAGACCCAAAAGGAUUUGGGUACCACAACUUUUCAGACAGCUGUACAAGAAAGCCAACCUUCAGCAGACUCCUCCCAAGAGGAUGGACCCGAGCAAGCUAUGGGGGAUGGAAGCAAGGAAGCACCGGGAGUUAAGGAUAUCAGACCCCCACAGCUUCCAGAAUCCGAAGGAUCGGCAGGUUUUUGGAAGUCGGUUCUGCGUGGACCUCCUCCUCCUCCCAACUGCAAGGCCCACGGGGAACCCUGUGUCCUCAGGACAGUUAAGAAAGCAGGGCCCAAUUUCGGGAAGCGGUUCUUUGUCUGCGCCCGCCCUCAAGGCCACGCAUCCAACCCUGAAGCCCGCUGUAACUUCUUCAUGUGGGUAGGGAAGGGCAAGUAAACAGGGACAGUAUCUCUUCAGGGUUUUGGAAUAAGAUUGGCCUCCACUGUUGGUGUGUGUGAGUUUAGGAAUUCUGUCUACCCAUGUGCUGUUGCUGGUGCUGUAAACAUAGCGGUGCCCACUCUACAGUCCAGUUUACUACUAUGAAACAUUAAUAUCUAAAGGAGAUUUACAUUGGUAUGAUGUUUGAAAUUAAUUGAAGCUCAUCAGCCACUAAACUUAUCUUUUUUUGUGAACUGCAAUUCUGAAGUAUCAGUCCUUGAAAAAAAAAGUUUGGUUUGUAAACGCUGUGUGUUCUUUGAUUUGUUGAUACAAAAACAGAAUUUUUUUUGUAUAUUCUGUAUUGCCUACUAAAUAAGGAGCACUGUUUUAGAAUAUAAUAACACAAUGACAAUUUUACUUUUUCAUUGUGCUGCUUUGUGAGUUUGAAGUGUUUUAAGUGAAAAACCCUAUAAGUGUCAAAUAUCAAAACCGGGCUACCCACAUAAAAUUAAAAAAAACGAUGUUUUGUAAAAUGUUUUUUUUAGUAAUGUGCAUAACUUACAGAAUUUCAUGUUUUUUUAUAAAGAAACUUUUUUUUAGCUAAUAAAGACUAUUUCUUUUU